AUGUCCGUGAUCACGAGACGUAAAAGUUUCAAAUGUCAUGUGAUACAGAUCGAAGAAGCGGUGACGAAUGCCAUCGAUGAGGCCGGUGUAACCGUUCUGUCUGGUUGGGAUCUAGUCGAUUGGGUUCUCGAAGAGGACGAGAAUGAUUUUUUCAUCGAGACUUUGAUAUUGGAACACAAGUUGGAACGGAAGGAACUUCGUUGCGACGUGUUAUUCAAUUUCCGAGGAAAAACCAUCAAUCUGGAUACUUUCCUUGCCAUUUGUCAAGCUGGACUCGUAUUCGACGAAUCUCUGGUCAUAGACCCAGAAUUUCGAACCAACGAUCCGUUUAUUUUCGCCGCCGGUACGAUAACCAAAUAUUCCAGGAGAUUUUACGCCGACGAAUUGUCCCACAAACACCAAAACCUCGUCGAAGUCGGUGAACGGCUCGGCAAGAAACUCGUGGACAUUCUUGAACCGAAAAACUACAACGUCGAGAAAAAACAUUCGUCAACCCACAGUCCGAUGACGGAAGCUGUGUCCGCACUGGAUGCGGUGAUACCGGUUUUCCGAAUGCCGAUAAUAACUUAUUGCAAACUUCCCGGAGGAUUUAUUUACCUGAACGAACACGCUGUUUUAAUCUUUUCGUUUGUCUUUCAACAUUUUUCAUGUUCGCAGGACCUGUUUCUGAUCACGGGAUCCCCCGUCUCUGAAAUCGGAUACUUUAGAAUCCAUUUGAACCAAUUCGAAACCGUCGAGACUAUCACUUGUCUCAGUAAAAAGGAAUUCGAGAUUGAAAAUAUCAUCGCGAUAUGGGGCAAGCACGAAACGCUCUUGAACGAUCUCAAACUCAGAUUCAAAAGUUCCACAAUUCCGGAUUUGUAUUCUUACUUUCGCGAACCAUGGGCAGCCGCUCUAUUUUUGGACAGAUUCGAUUGUCUCAGGGUUGAAAAUCGCGCCACGCUCCUAUCCUCAACGGUAGUUUGCGGUGAUACGCUGAUCGACGACUGCGUCAAAGCUUUUGUGAAAUCGAAAUGGGAAGCUAUGAGACCGGAAGAUCGCGAGAAAAUUGAAGCUCGUUACGCGGGUUCGGUGUACCAGGAAGAGCUCGAAAAUUCUCUCGUUGAUUUUCUACAAUAUUCAGAAUCUCAACUUCCAAUGUACGCCAAUCCACGUUUCAUAAGGAAUUUACUAGACGAAGUUGAAAAUUUCAAAGGCGACCCUUUGUUCAGGAAACGCACCUCGAACUCUAACUAGGCAAUCGAUCAAUUUAAUAAUUGUACUUGUAAUUGUCACCCACCAAUUGGAAUGAAGAAAAAAUAAACAAAUUACGAGAAAAAAACUGUAACAAAAAAUAAAACCAAUUUAACGGAAAAAAGGUCAUUCGUAAGAACGACGCGACUGACGCCCACGUGUCGCUUUUAUACGUCGGAAGACUACUCUAGUCUCCCGAUACGCAACUCCUUAAUUAGCUAUAGCUGGCGAACAGAUAUAUGUUAAUUAUAUGUAUAAUAUAUUCAUAUACGUAUCACGUCACUGUCUACAUAAAUUCCUAAGUUUUUUUUUUUUUAAUGUUCUGUUCCGUUCGUUUUUUUUUUUUUUUUUUGUUGCUUUUAUUCAUUUCAUAAUUAUUCAUACGUGUAUAUUAUAUCAUUCCUCUGUAGUGCUUUGCAUUUUCUUUUUCCUUCGCUUGUCAUCGCUCUCAAACACCGUCAAAACGUUUUUUUUUCAAUUGAAUUUUUGAGUUUCAAUAUCUUUCUUUCUUUGCAGCUCACUAUUUUAGUUUUCAAAAAUUUUGUGCCACUUAGA